AUGGAGUCUACAGAGUCCUUGCAUGCCCGGAUUGCGACUCUUGUUCAUGCGCAUUUCGAUGCCUUGCCCGCGCGCAGCAAACCCAUCGUCCGUGACGAUGGGACGAGGGAGUGGAUUCCCAUGUCGGGGAUAGUGAUUGUGAAAGGUAGAGCUUCUAGUGCACUAGGUCUAUACAGCGGAACACAAUCCGGCGCAAAAUGUCUCCCGGCAUCCCAGAUACCCCAUUGCAAAGGCCUCGUGCUGCAUGAUUCGCACGCGGAAAUUCUCGCUCUCCGGGCCUUCAACUACUGGCUCUUAUCUGAAUGCCAGGGCUUCCUCGCCGCAGAACGCAACCACACCACAGAUCCAUCUCAGACACCACCAUACCAAUCGCCCUAUCUCCGCCGUCGCCGGAGCUGCAGCGCACAGGAACCCCCACUCGAACUGCACCCCGAUCUCAAAAUCUACAUGUACUGCACCUGCGCCCCGUGCGGAGAUGCAAGCAUGGAGCUCUGCAUGGCAUCCCAGCAAGACGCCACGCCGUGGGAAGUAGAGACCAACAACACGGAAACCAGGUCUACUGCCGCGCUAUCGUCCGAUGCGGAUACCCUCCUCGACGGCCGCGGGUACUUCUCCCGCCUCGGCAUCGUCCGGCGCAAGCCCGCUCGCGCAGACGCAGAGUCCACCCGCAGCAAGUCCUGUUCCGACAAGCUUUCCCUUCGCCAGGUUGCUUCUCUCCUCUCGUAUGAGACGAGUCUUUUGGUUGCGACGACGCAGAAUGCCUACCUGGAGGGGGUGAUCUUGCCCGAGGAGGAGAUCAGUCGCGUCGCGUGCGACAGGGCGUUUGGUGAACAGGGGCGUAUGCGCGAGCUGGCGGGUCGGUUCUGGACAAGUCAGUUUGAGACUGCUGGCUCAAUUGAACCAGGCGGCCAACGUCAGACGGGCGAAGAAGCCUGGAGUUGUCUCAGCGAUAUGGGUCGUGGCACCUUCAUUCUCGGGGCCUUCUUCCACCUCGGCGAAUAA